AUGGCCCGAUCGACGCCGAUGGCCCGACCGACGCCGAUAGCCCGACCAACAGCAACGAUCGGAAUGUCGAGGUCGAUCCUCUCGACACCGACGGCCGGAACGUUGGUCCGUUCGACACCGACGGUCCAACCAACACCGACGGCCGGAACGUCGACGUCGGUCCGAGCGACACCAACGGUGCAACCAACACCGACGGCCAGAACGUCGACGUCGGUCCGAGCGACACCUACGGAAAUCUCCGAAUUGUCCGACCAGCUGCGCAAAACUCAAUCGGAGCUGCAGAAAGUAACGGAAGCGUCGAAGGAGAUGCAAGCCCAGCUAAGUAUGUUAGUUAGCAGCUCUGCUCGGCAAAGGCAAGUAUUAGAAGAAUGCUUGGCAGCAAACCGGCCGCGGGCAGGGCUUCUCCCUCGGUCGGACUUUGAGUUAGUACCGCUGAAGGAUGAAGAAGAGCUAGCUACUCUAGAAUUGGCAUUAGGGACAGAUCCAGAGGAAAAGUAGAGGAAUAUUUGCUGCGGCAAAUAUAUCGCGCGGAUGUUGAUAAUCGCUUGCAUCAGGCAAUCGAUUUGAUUUUCGCCAAACCUUUUUUUGCCCA